AUGGCUCGAUCUCUCAGCAAAGUCCAGAAGCAAAUAUCCAAAAAGCGGGGAGGGCGGCCAAAUAGUCUCCAUGAGAACAGUCGAGAUGCAAGAAAACUCCGGACAGCGGCAGCCAGAGAGGAGAAAGUAUCCCGGUUAAUGGAUGCUGCUGUGCGAGCAAACCAGGUCUAUGUGGACAGAGUGGCAUGGUUCAAAUCAGCGCUCCAAGGCUCGGCUGGAUCCUUGUCCGACGAAGAAAUGCUUGUGCUGACACAAAGCUUCAUCGACCGGGAGGACGAACAAUUAGCUGAAGCAAAGGCAGAGAGAAGACCGGGCAGACCACCCACGAAGCUCGAGGAGCAGAUCACACUGCGAAAAGACGCCGAAGAUCGUGAAUUCCGCGCCGGCUUCUGGAUUCCAGAACUUAGAAAUGAGGAGAGUCGAGCUAAAGUCGAACGAUGGGCUGGAGAAUGGGGAGGUUUGAAUACACUGGAUUUUGUCCGCGUUGUGAAAUCCGGUUCUAUCAAACCCUCAACCUUUCCGCCCAAAGGACUUUCUUGA